UUGGCGGAGCAGCUGUAGGCCAGGCUAGGGGAGGGGGAACCUCCCAGACCUGCCUAGGUCCCAUCCCUGCUGGGUGCCGCUGCUUUCCCCGUCCGGGAAAGAAGUCUCCUUGGGCCGGGAGCCCCGCCUUCCUCGCUCCUUCCUGGGCCGGGUGCAGCCUCCUAGAAGCCUCGGGUACCAUGUCGGCCAUGGAGAAGCAUCUCUUCAACCUCAAAUUUGCCGCCAAGGAGCUCAGCAGGAACGCCAAGAAGUGCGAGAAAGAGGAGAAGGCCGAGAAGGCCAAGAUCAAGAAAGCCAUCCAAAAGGGCAACACUGAGGUGGCGCGCAUCCACGCCGAGAACGCCAUCCGACAGAAGAACCAGGGUGUCAACUUCCUGCGGCUGAGCGCCCGAGUGGACGCUGUGGCGGCCCGGGUGCAGACUGCCGUGACCAUGGGCAAAGUCACCAAGUCUCUGGCCGGUGUCGUCAAGUCCAUGGACGCAGCGCUAAGGAGCAUGAACCUGGAGAAAAUCUCGGCACUCAUGGACAAAUUCGAGCACCAGUUUGAGACCCUGGACGUGCAGACGCAGCAGAUGGAAGACACGAUGAGCAGCACCACCACCCUGACCACCCCGCAGGGCCAGGUGGACCUGCUGCUCCAGGAGAUGGCCGACGAGGCUGGCCUGGAUCUCAACAUGGAAUUGCCCCAGGGCCAGACUGGCUCCGUUGCCACCGUGGCCUCAGCCGAGCAGGACGAACUGUCUCAGAGACUUGCCCGUCUACGGGAUCAAGUGUGAUGGGGCAACCGGCUCUGCUGGCUGUUGAAUGCAUUGGCUUCUCAAACAUUCUUUCUGUUGCUACACACACAUCUCUGUCGCCUGCUCCAACCACACUAGAAAUAGUGUAUAUUGCCAGAGUGCUUAAGUGCUGUUUGUGUGCUAAGGUGACCCUCUUUUUAAAACGCAGGAAGAUUUUUUUCGAUCUUUGGGAUUUUAUAGUCUGCAACGAAGUGAUUUCUACGGGGCUGAAGAAUUCGGGGAAGGGGAUAUACUUUUACAGAUGGACUACGGUUUAAAUUGUUCUAUUACAAGUUGGGCCAGAAUGUCUAGCUCUGCAUAUUUGAUUUAGAAUGAUCGAGCUGACUCUGUUUUUAAAUACCUGCAAAGGUCUUAUCUUUGGAGAACUGAGUUUUAACUUCCAGUCCCCCAUACCUUUUUAACCAGCAUUGUCCCCAAAUAUGAGAUGAAAAUGGGAGCAAAUAGAAUGUCUCUAAUUUGGUUUCUUAGAAAAAAAUCAGCUUAGGAUGUUUUUGCAUUUAUAGCAAAUAAAGGCUACUAUUGGCUGUUAUUCUCUUUUCAUUAGAUUUAGUUUUAAUUAGCAAAAGCAUUUUUACACAAUAUUUUGACUACUGUUUUGGUGCUGUAAAUUAUUUAUCUUUUCUGGAAAAAAGUGCAUGUCAUUUCAUUUAUCAAAGAGAUUAAGUUUACUUAGUUUUUUUGUUCAUAAACUCACAGCUAUAUUUACUCUCUCAUCAUAGGUUGAAACAUUAAAAUGUAUAAUUAUUCCAAAUUUAGUUAAUUCUUCUUAGGCUAUGUUUCAAAAAUAUGCAUUUGUGUGUAAAUAGUGUUGAUAUUCUCAUAUCACUUGACUGUUUUUGGAAAACUGGCCUGUAUGUCUGUGUAUAGGACAGAAAUAUUAAAGUAAUGGGAUGAUACAAGUUCCAAAGUUAAAAUUAUAUUUAAGAUUCCUAGUUAAAUGUUUUUAAAACCUUGUUGUCUUAAAGCAGUCACUCUUUAAUAAUUGGCAAAGUAAAAAAAAAAAUUUAAUGGAGCCAUGGAGUAUUUAACUCAUCUAGUCAGUUAAAAAUUAGAAAUGCAUUAGUUUUGUUUUUUAAAAAUUAAGUGGGGAAGUGAGUCAUAUGUAUGAGACUUGAAAGCAGAAAUAUUAUGAUUCUUAAUGACUAAAGCCCAAGAGGAGAACAACUUGAUAAUGAAGGUGUACUUUACUUUGGCCAGUUUAUCUUAACUGAAAUGCGCAAGUUAAAAUAUAGCUGUGAUUUUCUAAGAGAAUAUGUAGUGGACAGUGACUCAGCGAAAUAUCAAGGCAAGUGUAAGGACCUACGUGAAGGAAGUAUAAUUUUUCUCCCUACUGGAAGAUGUCUCCAUAAAAGAAUUCCAGUAUUUUUUCAAAUAAGGAAGUUCUAUUGCAUAGCAAACUGCUAUAGAAAAUCUUCCUGUUAUGAGUCAUAAAGGCAUCCAAAGUGCAAUUACAGAGUUACUUGUAACACAAUUCUUAGCCAGGCAUUCACUAUUUAUAACAAAUGUUGUUAACUUCCUAAUAAUUGUUAUUGAUACAAAAUGUAAAUUGAGAUUCUGUUUGAGUAGAGCUAAAUGCAGUUAGAAAUUAAAGUUUUGUUUGUCUUGGUGUCUUAGUACAGGA